CGAUCACUGCGUAAUUUGAAAAAGGGGCCUGCCUCAUUGCGGCUGGUCAGCUUCUUCACGGCUACCACCAUGUCGAUGUCGAGUGGUUUGUCGUCGCCAACCUUCACCUCCGUUUCGACGACCUCGUCGUUCGACAUGGUGUCGCCGAGGUCCCGCUCAUCAUCUACCAUGUCUUCUCAGUCAUUCGUCUUGUCUGAGGACGACGACUCCGAUGACGAGAUUGUCUGGAGUGUCGCAUCCUCUGGCAUUUUAUCGCAAUCCGACAUAUCGACCGAAAGUAGUCUUUUCCCUUUAUCAGAGGGCGAUUUCGUCCUUCUUGAUCCACCGGGCACCCUUGAUACUCACAGUGGUCUCUCGACUCCGAGCGCUGUCGUAUCUCAAGCUUCUGAUGAUACUUCUUCCAUCAGCCUAUCUUCUGACUUCGCGGGGCUUUCGCUCACCGCAACCACCCCAAAGCGAAAGGCGAAGGCUAGCAAGCGAAAGAAGAAGCGGAACCCCCCUGCUGUAACGUCCACCGCAGCUUCUCCGGCACCUCCAGAGCGACCGUCGUCAGCUUCGACGCCGACGCCCAGAUCUAAGCGUAGACGUUCUCGUUUGGGCGCCCGGCCUAUUGGAGUAUCUGAAAGGGGCGACGAGGUUUCUGUACCUUCAUUAUACGACGAUGCUGUCCGAUACAUAACUUCAUUUCUCACCAAUCCAACAGCGAAGGAGACUGUAUGUCACUUGCGCCUUCUUCAGUCCCUGAUCAUCGAACUGGGACUAACAACAUCGUCUAUUCCUACGUCCCUCACGUCCGCCAAAACUCUCAUCAAGUCCCAGGCGUUCGUGAAUAUCCGAGAUUAUCUCGCUCUUCGCGGACAGGGUCUUUCAGCCGUUCAGAGAGCUAUGCAUCCCAGCAGGUCUGCUUUGCGCAAGGAUAUCAAGAGAAAGGGGAACCCGGCAUCACUUAAGUGGGUUAAGCAGAAUGGAUUGCAAGUCUUACUUGUAUCUUGCUAUCCUUGAUUUAGGGGAAACGAACACGGAGUUCUAUAAAGAUGAAGAUCAUUGUACUGUAUUUUUCUGUUUUCUUCUUCGGAUUUCUGCGCUACCUUGAUUCACAGUUAUCUACCGAUUUUUACAGCCAUUCUCUGUUUGUAUACAGUAAUGCGCUUUUCUGCCCGUCAUUGUUGUCAUACUAUCAUACCAUCACUAGCCAAACUUUUACCCUUUGCUCAAUCUAUAUCAACAUACAUAUUCCCUUGCUUAACAACAAAUGAACCAGGGAUCUGCAUCUGAAU